AUGACUCAGUAUAGUUAUGUAUCCGAUACAUUGAAGGAAAAACAACAAGAGUCAUCUUAUAAUGGACUGGACAUUCUUGCCACUAUUGGAUCUAUAUUUGUUACUAUCUUUGUGUUUUUACUAAGAAAUCUGAUUAUUUUAUUCAAAUAUGGAUAUACGAAUUAUCCAGAAGUUACAGCUGUAAUCAUCUUAUUGGUCGCAGUGUAUAUUGUUUAUAAAUUACUUUCUAGGAUAGUAAGAUUCUGGAUUAAUUUAUUCAUAACAGCAGUUAAAAUUAUAUUAGUGAUAAUGAUUAUCGCAGUUGCAUUUACCAUUUAUUUAAGAGGUUUCCAACGGUUGAUUAACCAUGAUUUACCAUUAUUAGCGGAGUUCCUUUCUCAUAAUAUUCAUCAUUUGUUUACUACUGAUAAUAAUAAUCUUAACAAUAGUUUUAAGAAUAAUUCUUCAUCAUCAUCAUCAACCAUUGCAUCUUCAUUUUUUAAUAGUUUAUUUGAAAAGGUCAGUGGUUCAAAACUAUUCGGUAAGUUUGUAGCUUCAAAAGCAAAAUCAUUUUUAGAUGAUUUUGAUAAUAUUAACGUAGAUGAAUAUGUUGAAUAUGUUCAAUCUAAUUUAAAGGGAGGUUCUAAACCUGGUAAUUCGAAUGGUGGUAGUAGUGGUGGCGGUAUAAAUUAUGAAAAUUUAGUUAAUCAAGGUUUAGAUUAUUUGAAAAAGAAUGACUUGAAUGUUGAAGAUAUUAAAGAUUUCUUUAAAAAUAAUAUAUAG